AUGGCGGGAGGUGAAUAUGUGCCUAUCGAUCUAACUUUAACGACGCACUUGAAGUCUGGAGAUGUGUCCUUUGCAUGCACUUGCCACAACUGUGCAUUACGCCUGGCGGCCGAUCCCAAGGCUAAGCUCGCUUCUUACCUGUACAAGGUCGGCGUUGGCAAUCACUUCAAGAAGACCAACGGCCAAAAUGAGAAUUUUUUCCUCCCCAAGCUCGCGUUCGAAACCCUCGUUGGACGCCCGUUUCCCGAGCUUUGUGAGAAUCUCAAUGAAUAUAACCAGUAUGUCCGCGGCGACGAGGAACACAUCGAAGAUCUGCAUGCGCCUUCGGAAAGCGAUGAGGCAGACUUGACAGUGAAGACCCGUAUCGAAGACGUCCACAGUAACUCUGAAGAGGAGACGAGAAGUGAGGAUGGUGGGCUUGCCGACUCAGCCCCGGAGAUCUUCCAGCACCCAUCACAUGAGGGGCCAUCACGCGUCUCACCUCGCCGACAGGCAAAGCCCCGGGUCGUGUACUCGACACGGCCCGGUCCAGGGCGUGUUCUGCGAGGAUUGUCCCUCAGUCUGGCCUUUGGUAACUCAGAGUCCGAGGAUACACCUUCAGAAAACGACUCUCCCCCAGAGUCCACGCCGCAAGCCACUCACUCCGGCAUCAUCGAGGAUGCUUCUUCAAAUGCAGUCUCGCGUUCGCCGCGGUCUGAAGGCACGAGCAACAUCGAGGACGAGCUACUCGAGGAGACCGCUGGCUCUGUAGGAGACAUUGUCAGAUCUCCUCACGGCAUUUGUGCAGAAUUGCCCUCAGCGUGGGGUGGCUCGGAUGUUGGCGGCAACGAUGAACAGGGCCCUAUGGACCCACUGGCCAGUCAAGAUAUUGACCAUGCGUUGGGCGCGCCGGCCCCGCACUCGGAUCCCGUGGCUGAGCGCUCAGACCGGAAGGACACAGAGGACGCCGACCGCAUCGAGACGUAUUCUGAUACGCAGUCAGAGAGAGAGUCCGCUGUUUGUGACCCAGAGGUGAAACUGCAACACGCGGUGCUCCAAGCUUUGCUCAGUUUACGGACAUUGUUGGGCCUAGACAGGAACACCGAUCAAUGGCCAAGUCCUGCCCUGCGCGAAGCUGCGUUUGCAAUCAUGAGAUACUUGCAGGACGUGGUCUGUGUCACGCCCUUGGGGCCUGAGAGGGCGCUGGUUAUCGCCUCAUUGUGCAAACUGGAGGAGAAUAGUCUCGCAGUGGUCUUUGUGCCAAACCAUCAUCUCGUCGAUGUCUGGACUGGUGUUCUAUCUUCUGCCGGAAUUCACUAUCUGCGCUAUGAUGCCGGAUGCUCGAUAGACUCACACGACGUACGAGUGCUUCUCGCCCCGCUAAACUCGGCAAAUAGCGAUGAGAUGGCCUCCGUGCUGGCAUUCGCUCAGAUGCGCUUUAACUACUCGAAGCGCCGCAUAGUCAUUGAAGAGAUACUCUACCAUGCUUGUCUAGGCGUUGAUGGUCACACAGAUACAUAUAAGAACAUUCGAGCGCUCUUCCACGCCCAAAUAAUCGCAUUCUCAUCUUAUCUACCAGAGGUCAUGGAGGGCCACAUACAGGACAGCUUUGGGUUGUUGCCCUGGAACAACACUCUGUAUACCCGGAUGAUCGAACGGCGCUCAAACGUCCAAUACAGCAUCUAUCAGCCUACGGACUCUCUGUCGCACGCAGUGGCCGGGAUGAUUAGCCAUUACCGUGAACGCCCAACGCUCACCGGGAAGCUGGCGCUUAUCGUGUAUAUGGGGAGCUGGGGCGGCUGGGAGAACCUGAUGUAA